AUGGCAAACAAUAAAAGAAAAUGUUUUACAUGUCAUAGAGAAAACAAUACAUAUACUUGCGAAGGAUGUGCAAAAAGAUUUUGUUCUACACAUAUACCAGAGCAUCAACAACGAUUAAAUGAAGAAUUAAAUCAUAUUAGUCAUGGUUACAAUGAAUUUAAACAAACAAUCAAUGAACACAAACAAAACCCACAAAACCAUUCAUUACUAGAACAAAUUGAUCAAUGGGAAAUAGAUGCAAUUGAAAUAAUUCAUCAAAAAGCAAAAGAAUGUAGAGAAACUGUUAUUGGAUAUUUACAAACAUUUAUUAAUGAUAUUGAAAAUAAAUUUAAUGACCUCAAUAAGCAAAUACAACAACUACAGAAAGAAAAUGACUUUAAUGAAAUUAAUUUAAACUAUUUAAUAAAUCAACUGAGAAAACUUACAGAAGAAUUGAAUAAUCCACCAAAUGUUUCUAUCGAUUGCUCACAUUCAUCUUUUAAUGAAAUUUCGUUAAUAAAACCCAAACUCAAUAAAUGGAAACAAAAUGGCAUUACUGUGGCUGGUGGAAAUGGACGAGGACAAGCAUUAAAUCAACUCAACCGUCCUGACGGAAUCUUUAUUGAUAAAAACAAAAAUAUUUUCCUUGCCGAUGGUGAGAAUCAUCGAGUUGUUGAAUGGAAAUGUAAUGCAAAAGAAGGACAAAUCAUUGCAUGUGGAAAUGAACAAGGAGAUGAAAUGGAUGAAUUUUAUUUUCCAAUAGAUGUAAUUGUUGAUCAACAAGAUCAUUCAGUCAUCAUUGCUGAUCCAGGUAACAGCCGAGUAAUUCAAUGGUUGAAUCAAAACCAGCAAAUUCUCAUUGACAAUAUUGACUGUUAUGGCUUGGCAAUGGACAAACAUGGAUUUCUUUAUGUUUCUGAUUAUAAGAAGAAUGAAGUCAGACGAUGGAAAAUGGGUGAAUAUAAGAAUGAAGGAAUUCUAGUGGCUGGUGGACAUGGAAAAGGAGAUCAAUUUAAUCAGCUCAAUUCUCCUACUUUCAUCUUUGUUGAUGGAGAACAAUCUAUUUAUGUAUCAGAUAGCAACAAUCAUCGUGUGAUGAAAUGGAGAAAAGAUGCAAAUGAAGGAAGAAUUGUGGCUGGAGGAAAUGAUCAAGGAAGAAAUCCCAAUCAAUUGUCUAAUCCUCAAGGAAUAUUUGUUGAUGAUUUGAGUGAAAUCUAUGUGGCAGAUUGGGGGAAUGACCGAGUAAUGCGUUGGUAUGAAGGAGGAGAAGAAGAAGGUGAAGUUGUUGUUGGUGGGAAUCGUAGUGGAAAUGAAUCAAAUCAAUUCAGUGGUCCAAGUGGUUUAUCUUUUGAUAAUGAAGGAAAUCUUUAUGUUGUUGAUAAUGGAAAUGAUCGAAUUCAAAAAUUUGAAAUUACUGUGAAUGAAAUUUUUUGUUGA